GCAUAAUAGUUUUCUAAUGAAGCCUCGCUCCCCAGGCGGAUUUACAACAUUUCCAGUUGUUUCCUUUGGGGUCAAACUCUUUCCCCACAGAUGUUCAAAUGAGCCGGUCUGGCUGGGAACUUAUCUGCUCGCGCUCCGGCUGAAGGUUUUUUAAUCUUUUCUCCGGCUCCAUCGUGAAGCAGGAGCUCCGUUUUCCUCCUCCUCCCCGCCCGAGGAUGAACGCCACGGCCUCGGAAGUCUGCUGCGCCUUCGAGGCUCCCGUCCUGGACUGGCUCCUGCCUCCCAUCCUCAUCCUGGAGUUCAUGUUCGGGCUGAUGGGGAACUUCAUCGCCCUGUGGAUGUUCGUCUUCCACAUGGACACGUGGAAGCCCAACGCCGUGUACCUGACCCACCUGGCCGUGGCCGACUCCAUCGUGCUGUUCUGCCUCCCGUUCAGGGCCGACUACUACCGCCGCGGGAAGGACUGGCUCUACGGCGACGCCCUGUGCCGCGUCCUGCUCUUCCUCCUCGCCGCCAACCGCGCCGCCGGCAUCUUCUUCCUCACCGCCGUGGCCGUCGACCGCUACUUCAAGAUCGUGCACCCGCUCAACCCCGUCAACCGCAUGGGCCUCGGCUACGCCCUCUGGGUGUCGCUCGGCCUCUGGGGCCUCAUCUUCCUGGCCACCGGCUACCUCCUCGCCGACGAGCACUUCUACCACAACGGCAACCGGACGCAGUGCGAGAGCUUCAACAUCUGCAUGGGCUUCAGCCCCCUCUCCACCUGGCACAACACCUUCUACGUGGUGCAGUUCUUCCUGCCCACCGCCAUCGUGGCCUACUGCACCGUCCGGAUAACGUGGCAGCUGCGGUGCAGGACGGUGGACAAGCAGGGGAAGAUCAAGCGGGCGGUCCAGUUCAUCCUGGCCGUGGCCGUCAUCUUCAUCACCUGCUUCUUCCCCAGCACGGUGUCGCGCAUCGCCGUGUGGGUCCUCAAGGCGUGGUACGACGAGUGCAGGUACUUCGAGGAGGCCAACCUGGCGUUCUACACCUCCGUGUGCUUCACCUACUUCAACAGCGUCCUCAACCCCGUCGUCUACUACUUCUCCAGCCCGGCCUUCAGCGGCACCUUCAAGAAGCUCAUCCGCAAACUGCUGGGGAGGAGCAGCAGCAGCAGCAGCGACGACCAAGACCAAGACCAGACGGAGACGAGCGACAACGACUGAGGGAAACAGAGGAAAGAUCUGUUUACUAGUUCAUACACUAAAUCAUACGCUUCAUGCUUUUAACCUGUGAGUCUGGAUGCUCUGUGUACGUAUAAUAAUAAUAAGAGACCAAUAAUUAAUCUUUACUUUUAGGGUCAAAUGUGAACAGCAAAGCUUGACGAGGUGAAUAUCUGACAAAUACGUCUGAUAGGAUCCGUAUAAUCUGUAAACCUGGAAUUUAUUUACAUCCAGAGUCGAAGAUGUUUCGAACCUGUUAAUAAAGGCACGAUGCACAAA